AUACCUGGUGCAUCUGGGCGAGCAACAGGAGUCAUGGAUUGAUCGGAUCGGAUAUGAGCAGCCGGGGGCUCAUGGUGGUAUGCUGUCUCGGUUGCCUCUUGGCCCUCAUUGUUGGUCUGCAGCAUUAUUCCUCCUUCAACCUCGCUUGUUCUGGACCUCGGACACUAUUGAAGACACAUCCUGCCAGCGACGAGAUCAGCAAUAGACACAGCCAUUGCAUGUCCGCCAUGGUGCUGGGAUGUCUAUUUGACGCACUGGUCCGCGUGCCUGCUCUGCAGUUUGAUAUCUACGAGUCAUGCAAUCGAAAGGAUACUGCUCUCGUCCCUGAUCCAAUGUACACUUUAUUCAGAAAAAAACGGGACAAUAUAGCCGUUUCCAUGAACAUGUAGUAUGUGAUGUGCUCGCGUCAAGCAAAGCCACAAGAAAUAAAACAG